AUGGAAUCUGUGAAUGAUGUGAUACUGAUGAAACCACCCGAUAUGUGGUAUACAGUAAGAAAACCAAGGGAGGCAAGCAGGGGAAUUUGGGCUGUAACAAGAAAGAUUCUGAUGGAUGAGUUAAAUGACUCACAGAGGACAGCUACAAAGGAUGCUGGUUGUAUUGCUGGCUUAGAAGUUCUUCGUAUCAUCAAUGUGUCUACUGCUGCUUCUUUAGAAUAUGGAUUUGAAAAGAAAAACAAUGAGACUAUCCUAGUUUUUGAUCUUGGUGGUGGCACUUUUGAUGUUUCAGUGCUUGCGGUGGGUAAUGGAGUGUUUGAAAUGCUGUCUACAUCAGGAGAUACACAUUUGGGUGGGGAUGACUUUGAUAAGAGGAUGGUUGAUUGGCUUGCUGCAAACUUCAAGAGAGGCGAAGGUAUGGACCUUUUGAUGGACAAACAAGCUCUUCAACGGCUAACUAAGACGGCUGAGAAAGCCAAAAUGGAGUUGUCAUCUUUGACUCAGACAAACAUCAGUUUGCCUUUCAUCACUGCUACAGCAGAUGGUCCUAAACAUAUAGAGACCACCAUUACUAAAGGAGCUUGCAGACAAGGUUCCGCUCCAGUCAAAGAGAAGGUUGAGGCAAAACUAAAGGAGCUCAAGGUUGCGAUUGCAUCAGAGUCAACUAAAGCAAUGAAAGAUGCCAUGGCUACCCUUAAUCAAUAAGUCAUGCAACUUGGUCAGUCCCUUUACAACCAACCAGGUGCCUGGCACUGAAGCUAGACUGUCAAAUUCAUCAACCAAGGGAUCUGAUAGUGAUGCCAUUGAUGCAGAUUUCACUGAGAGCAAUUGAGCAACUGCUCAGUCUUUUUGACUUUUGGUAAUGUGUAAAAGGAAUUUGAUUUUUGGGGGAUUGGAUAUGGUUUGAGCUAUAAUUUUUUGCCGUCGUUUUUGUUUCACGAGAAACAGAUUCAUAUUGUUUCUAGGAAAUAUAGAGGAUGAU